AUGCCAAUGGCUCGGGAAGUCGUACAGGCCUGCGUGGUGGGCGGGGGCGUGCUGGGCUGCGCGGUGGCACGAGAGCUGCAGCGACGGGGCCGGCAGACACUGCUGCUGGAGAAGCACACGGUGGGCAGCGGGGUGAGUGCCGGCAACACAGGUAUCGCCUGCACGCUCAUGGGAGUUGCAAAGGACACGGUGGAAAGGAAGUGCCUAGAGCUGGGAAGGCCUCAGAACCUUUCGACCUACCGGAGCCUGGGCAUCCCGCACAAGGCCACAGGAGCUCUUUAUGUGGCCUGGACCACAGCGGAGCUGACUGAGCUGGCCGCCCUCCAGGACCUGGAGGAUGACUGCCGCUUUGUGCAAAAGGAGGAGCUGCAGCAGCUGGAGCCGUGCCUGGCGCCCGCGUGCGGCGCGGUGCUGGUGUCCGGGGAGGUCACUGUGGACCCAGGCUUAGUGCCUCUGGCUUUGGCCUUGGAUGCGGAGCGCCGGGGCGCCAGGGUGCAGCAGCACCGGGAGGUGAUCGACGCGCGGACGGAUGGGGAGUCCUGGAUCUUGGAGUUAAGGGACGGCGGGCAGGUGGUGGCAGAUCAGGUCGUGCACUGCGGAGGCCUCUCCGCGGGUGGCCUGGAGCCCUCGCUGAGCUUCAAGCCCCGGCGAGGCGACUACCUCCUCUUCCAGCGCCCACCUUUUUGCGCCACUCCGCCCAUCUCGCGGCCCAUCGGCUCGGUGCCCUCGCCACACGCGCGGGGCGUCUACGUGUGGCCCACGGUGCACGGAGAUGUGGUUUGCGGACCUACGAACGUGGAGCAGGAACACCAGCAGCUUCCCGCGCCCAGUGACGACACGCUGGAGUCUUUGAGGCAGAAGGCGCUGGCGGUGUGCCCAGCGCUCGCCGCUUGGCGGGUGGCUGGCACCUAUGCAGGCUUGCGGCCAGCACUGGAGCCGUCGGCCUUCGGACAUGACUACCUCCUGAGGACAGAGGGCCGCUGGAGCAGCAUCUCCGGGGUGCGCAGCACCGGGCUCACCGCCUCCCUGGGCAUAGCUCAGCUUCUGGCGGAGAGGUUCUCGUUACCCGGGCCUUCGGACCUGCCGGGGCCGGUGCUGCCAGCCUUGGAGCAGCUCCCAGCCCACUACCACGACGGCUGCCUCCGCUUGAACUCCGACUGGCAGAUCGCGCACCCGCAGACUCUUUUGGGCCUCAGCACCAGCGCUUCUCUGCCGCUGCCAGGCGCGGAGUCGAAGCUUAAGAAGCAGAAGACCAAGAUGUUGAUGCACCAGGUCAUUGAGAAGCAGAAGCUGGAACGGAUCUUGCGGGACAUUUUGUCCCUUGAGGCGGAGAGGAACAACGAGGCCAUGGCGGACCCUGAGGUGGUGAAGGCAAAGGCGGAGGACGCCAUCAAGGCGGCGGACAUUUCCAUGAGCCGCAACAUGACCACGGCAGUGGUGCCGGAGCCCAGCGAAAACCUCCCGGAUCCAACUGAAAAACCUCGCCGGGAUUAA